UCUCACCAUACCCAUAGAUUGCUCACUUGUUCAAUAACUAUGAUGUUCUUCCCAAGUUUUCUGCUCUAUCUCGCAGAGCCUUCAAACGAACGGAGGAUCGCACUCACACCGUUGGAGGGCUUUCUGUGUACAAAUAGCGGAAUCCUGCUAGCUGCAUUCGCAGCUGCGCUCCUAUUCAACGUAGGUUCUUCUUAGCUCACAG